CAACCAUCAACAAUAUUCAGUGCAUGCACAUGCAGUGCGAGCGAGAUGAAAUUUUGACCGUGACCAGAGUCCAGACAGCAGAGGCAACAUGUCGGGCGUUGAAGAAUUAGAACAACAAGCUCAUCAUCUUGUUGACCGUGUCAUUGACAACUCCAUCAAGAGAGUUAUAUCAGAGUUGCACAGCGGGGAUGAGUCGGACUUAGGACGUCCAGUGUCUGCUGUUAGAGACUACGAUAGUUUAUUAUUUAGAGAGACGGAGGAUCAUGAUAUUCAAGACAUUCAUUGGAUGACGAUUGAUCAAUUUACGAUCGAGAAAGGAGAGGCUAAGAUUAAUGAGUUUGUCAAGACGUGGGAAUACCAAAACAGCUGGCUUUACUGCAUCGAUUUCCUAAGAGAAGAAGACGAUAAAUACAGCAAGAAGUAUCGAUAUCAAGUGCGAUGGAGUUUACCAACUAGAAGGAAACCCAUUCCUAGAGCUGCUGCCUGUGUCUAUUUUACCAUUGAGGUCUCCAAGAUUAAACCAGGGCACUAUCCGAUCGAAGUUUACUACGUGUUUGAGACCAAUCAGUUGGUCCACAAGCCAGGUCUGUCUCGCUUCAGAGAGCGUUGGCUCAAAGAUGUCAUCGAGAGCAAGAUCAUGAUGAUGGAAACCGUGGACUUCUGAGAUGUUUUGAAAAUGAGACAGAUAGCCUAGACCCUUUGUAUACACCGCUGAUUCUGCAGAAAGUUCCCUGAAAAUGAUCCAGUCUUUCCAAGUUUUGAUAAACAAUUUGAAAAAUCUCCAUGUGGUCGAUUUCACUAAGAUAGUCUUAACUUAGGACUAGUCCUA